AUGUCCUAAGAACAAUAACAACCCCUUCCUGAAAUAAAAAAUAUUGAAGAAGCCAUUGAAUGUAUGCGUGGAAUUCUAUCAGGUGAUAACUAAAAGAUUAAAUUAGGUACAAAAAUAAUGAAACAAUUUACCAAAAAGACUGAGUCAAUAGCUAUAUUUACGUACAUCCUAGCUAAUUGUAAUGACUAAUCUUUAAGACAUUUAUCAGGUAUAUUAUUAAAGAGAAAUAUGGUUAUAAACUUUGAGAAUUUAAAUGCCGAUGCAUAAAAGGAUUUGUAAAGAAUUCUUUUGGAAAGAUUCUUUUUAGAGACAUAAUAAUCAGUAAGAAAAUAUAUAGGAAUUUUAGUAGGGGUAGUUGCCAAAUUAACUUUAAGUGAAGGAAAAUGGGAAGAACUUUAUAGUACAAUUUAAUAAUAAAUUGAUGCAAGUAAUUAAAAUUUAUAAAUGAGAAUUUAUGGAAUUUAACUUUUGGAACUUGUUUUAGAAUAUUCUUCUCAUUCUUUGAAAAACUUAUAUAAGAAUUUCUUACCUUUUUUCUCUUCAUCUUUGUAAGAUUAAAACAAACAAAUAAGAAUCGGGGCUGUGAGAUGUCUUGUCAAUAUUUUCGAAGAUAUUCAUGAAAUGAAACAAGAAGAAUUGACUUAAUAUAAAUAAUUAAUAAAUCCUAUAUUGUAAGUAUUAGAGAGUUUAAUAGAAGAAAAAGAUGAAGAUUUAAUAUUCUAUUGUUUCGAUGCUUUGAAUCUGUUAAUAGAAAAUAAAAAAACAAUUCUUGAUACUCACCUUGUUCCCAUUGUAGAAUAUUUAUGUUCACAAAAAGUACUAUUUAAUCCUCAUUUAUCUAAAAGAAUAAAGGAAACUGCUUUAGAUUUAAUUUAUUCAGCAACUGAAUUCCACAAAUCUGUUUGGAACAAAAAUAUUCCUGCAUUAAAAGCUUUAAUAAAAACAAUUUGUCAUAUCGUAACUCUUCCAAUUUAAUAAAAAGAGGUCCUUUAAGAAGGUGAAGAACCUAUACAAGACAUUGCUUUGUGGCUUUUACAAACCUUCACAUUGAAUUUGAAUAAGAAAAAAACCUUUGGGAUUAUUCUCGAAGAAAUUACAACAUUUAUACAUUCAAAUGAACCUAAUAAAAUGAAUUCCGGGUUUCUUAUUUUGGCCUAAUUAGCUGAAGGGUGUUAUGAAUAAAUUGCAAGAAAUUUAUAAAAUCCCAUUAUGAAUGAUUUUAUGCCUAAAGGACUUUCUCAUCCUGCACCUGAAGUUCGUGGAGCUGCAAUCAAAUCUUUAACUUAUUUCGCAGAUUAUCUUCCUGUAGAUAUUUGCAAAUAUCAUUAAGUAAUAGUUCCAGCUGUAUUAGGAUGUUUUACUGAUUUGGAUGAUAUCAAAGUAAGAGAAAAGGCUGUUAUUGCUUUAGAUAUUUUCUGCGAUAAUCUCGAAGCUGAAGAUCUUUUGAUUUAUCUAUAAUCUGUAGUCGAAAAACUUUCUUUUAUAUUAACCUCUUCCCAAAAUGCAACUCCUUUGAUGAAAAGAGUUUCUAUUUCUGCACUAGCCUCUUGUAUUUCAACUGUAGAACAUAAAUUUGGACCUUAUGUACAUUAAGUAGGAAACCUUUUACAUUAUAUAAUUUUAAAUUCAUAAGAUAUUCCUUUAAAAUCAGAAGCAAUUAAUUGCUUGGGAAAAAUUGCAGGCGCUUUUGUAAAAGAAGAUAGAAAAGUUUACGAUUCAUAUGUAUAACCUUGUGUUGAAAUUGUUUAUUAAAAUUUGUUAUAAGCUGAUGAUUUUGAAUUGAGAGAAGGUUGCUUUGCAUUCUUUUAUAAUUUGGCUAAUGCUAUUGGAAAUGAAUUCGAACCUAUUUUUGAUAAAAUAAUUGAAUUUACUUUAAAAUAGGCUGCUUCUGAAGAAGGACUUUAUUUGGAUGGAAAAAAAAAGGGAGAUUUUUCAUUAGAUUCUGAUUCAGAAAGUGGAAACGAUAAUUUGUUAGAUGAAGGAGAUGAUCAUGGACACUAAGGUCACUUAAAUGUUAAAACAUCUUUUAUAAUGGAAAAAUCAGCUGCUAUUACUGCUUUAGGUUAAUUCGCAGUAGCUUGCCCUAUGAAAUACGCUCCUUAUUAUGAAAGGGCAUUGGAAAUAUGUGAAUAAAACUUUAAUUACUUUAAUGAAAAUGUCCGUUAGUAAGUAUCGAAAUGUUACAAAGAUUUGUGUAUUGGAAUGGUGAUGACUUCAAAUAAUGGAAAAUUACCUACUUACGAAAAAGGCUUGCCUGUAAAAGUACGUUUCUAAGAGAAAAUUGAAAACGUAAUUCAAAUUGAUAUCUUUUAAAAAUUCCUUUAUUACUUAAAUGAAGAAGAAGACCCUGAAGUAACUGCAAUGGCAAUAGAAAUGUUAAUCGAAGUUUUCAAAAAACUCGGCCCUGCUUCUUUUGAUAAAAACUUAGAUGAUUUAACUUUGAGUAUAAUUAAUCUUCUUGAAAAUAAAGACGAAAAUUCGGAUGAUUCUUAAAAAGAACUUGAAGGAUAUGUAAUUGAAGCUGUUUGUGAUCUUAUUCCAAUUCUUUGUAAAGUUUUAGGCGAUUCCUUUGCUUUACAUUUCUAGAAAAUCUAUCCAAAAAUGCUUGUUUAUUUAAGAGAAGACCGUGAAUUAAAUGAAAAUGUUUAUAUGGUUGGCUGCUUCGCUUAAAUUUUUAAAUAUACUCCUAAUUUCUUAUCUUUUAUUAAAGAUUCUAUUUUACCCGUACUUUUUGAAAAAAUCACUUUAUAAGAUGAUGACAUGAAUAGAAAUUUAGCAUUUUGCAUUGGAAAUAUGGUUGAAAAAGGUUUAUAAUACGUAUAAAAUUUUCUUCCUUAAAUUUGUGGAAUUCUCAAAAAUAUAUUCGCAAAUUCUAUUGAAUUAGCAGCUAAAGAUAAUGCUGCAGCUGCACUUUGCAGAGUUAUGAUGACUGUACCCUCAUAAUUCCCUUUAGAUUAAGCUUUGGAGUAGAUUUUGGCUAUUGUACCUCUUAAAGGAGAUGAAGAAGAAGAAAAAACUAUUGUUUAGACUUUAUUAUUUUUAUGUAAUAAUUAUUCUAAUAUAGUUUUAACAAAAAUAAAUAAAAUAUUGGAAGUCUUUGUAGACGCACUCGGAGGUAUUAAAAAAUAUAAAAUCAAUUAAGAUAUGUAAGCUUAAGUUGUCUAAUUCUUAUAGAGUGCAGUCAAUUCUAAUGAAGGUUAUAAAAGUUUAGUUUAAUAAUUAGUAUUAGCUCACCCAGAAAAAGAUAAAAUUGUUUAAUUAUUGUCUUGA